ACCAACCAUUCGUGAGGAUUUCACCGUUCACAGCGCCGGCCAUGGAAUUCCUCCAAGCUGCGGCUGCAGCAUCUUCUCUUCUUCUCCUUCUCUAUGUCCUCAAUCUGCUUCAAUGGUUUCCAAUUAUUCCAUCACUGUUGAAAAACCAGAACAAGAACAAGAAGAGAAAUUAUCCUCCUGUGGCUGGAACCAUCUUUCACCAGCUACUUAACCUUCCUAGACUUGUUGAUUUCAUGGCCGACAUCUCCCGCCGCCACAAAACCUUCAGGAUGCUCACUCCCUCCAUCAACUAUGUCUACAUCGUUGACCCCUCCAACGUUGAGUACAUCCUUAAGACCAACUUCACCAACUAUGGCAAGGGAUAUUCUUUCUAUGAUGUGAUGAAGGAUUUACUUGGUGAUGGGAUUUUUGCUGUGGAUGGUGAGAAGUGGCGUCACCAGAGAAAGAUGGCUAGUUAUGAGUUCUCCACUAAAGUUUUGAGAGAUUACAGCAGUGUUGUGUUCAAAACCAAUGCUUCUAUGCUUUGCCAACUUGUUUCAGAGGCUGCCACUUUGAAUCAAAUGAUUGAUAUCCAAGAUUUAUUAAUGAAAACAACGUUAGAUUCUAUCUUUAAAGUUGGGUUUGGAGUGGAAUUGAAGACACUCUCUGGAACAAGUGAGGAAGGAAAAGCUUUUGCUAAAGCUUUUGAUGAUUCUAGCAUCCAAGUCACACGUCGUUUCUUUGAUGUUACUUGGAAGGUCAAGAGGUAUCUGAAUGUUGGUGCGGAGGCCAUGAUGAAGAAGAACAUUAAAAUUAUUGAUGAUUUUGUAUACAAGUUGAUUGACACCAAGCUAAAGCAACUUGCUGAAGAUCAAGAUGAUUUUAUGAAGAAAGAAGAUAUCUUAUCGAGAUUUUUGAUCGAAAAGGAGAAGGAUCCAGUGAACAUGAACAACCGAUAUCUGCGAGACAUAAUACUGAACUUCAUGAUUGCUGGCAGAGACACAACUGCAGGGACUUUGUCAUGGUUCUUAUACAUGCUAUGCAAGCAUCCUGAUGUACAAGAGAAAGUUGCAGAAGAAGUGAUACAAGCUACUAACAUGAGAGACAAGGUGCCAAUUGGUGAAUUCUCAUUAAGUUUAACUGAAGAAGUUCUCAAUAAAAUGCAGUAUCUACAUGCAGCACUAACUGAAACGCUCAGACUAUACCCUGCAGUCCCACUGGAUCCAAAGUUAUGUAGCAAGGAUGACACAUUGCCUGAUGGUUUUGAUGUGAGAGAAGGGGAUAUGAUUAUUUAUCAGCCUUAUGCUAUGGGGAGGAUGAAGUUUCUUUGGGGUGAGGAUGCAGAGGUUUUCAGGCCAGAGAGAUGGCUCAAUGAAGAUGGAGUUUUUGAACCUGAGAAUCCUUUCAAAUUCACAGCUUUUCAGGCUGGUCCUCGUGUAUGCUUAGGAAAAGAGUUUGCUUACAGACAAAUGAAGAUUUUUGCUGCUACUUUAUUGUGUUACUUGAAAUUCAAGCUCUGGGAUGAGAGGAAACCAGUCAAGUAUAAAACAAUGUUAACUCUUCAAAUAGAUGGAGGUCUCUUCCUCUGUGCCAUUAAUAGAUAACUUUGUGCUUCUAGUUUAUGUAAUUAAGAAUAAAAUGUCCAAGUUUGCAUGUAUUUAUUUUGUGAAUUUUCUCAAAAGAUGCAAAUUCAAAAUUUCACAAUGGGACAGAUUCAAAAUAAAAGACUGAAAAGGUCAUUCUAACUACCAGCGGUUGAAUUACCAGACAGA